AUGGUGAACUGUCAGCGCAUUCCAUGUGCCCAAGACUGCAGUCACCCUGUGCCUUCCCCAUUAUCUCCUUGCUGCCCUGUUUGUGACCGCUGUCUCUAUGAAGGCAAAGAGAAUAUUCUAAUCGGCAGACAUUCAAUUCCUUAUCCAACCCAUGUCUCCGAUGUGUGUGCCUAGAAGGCAGUGUGACAUGUACACAUGUUGUGUGCCCUCAAAUCUUUUGUGCCAACCCAGUUAGUAAGCCUGGCCAGUGUUGCAAGGAGUGCCCAGUAUGCUGGUACCAAGGGAAAGAGUACAGUGAAGGUGCACGCUGGGUACCUCCCACAGAUCCAUGUCUACAAUGCACAUGCAAAUCAGGCAGUGUACAAUGUGAUCCUCCCACAUGCCCAUCUCUGCCAUGUACACAGCAAGUGACAGAUCCUGGCGCAUGCUGUCCUCGUUGUAGA